GAUUUUUUUGGGGGAGGAACAGUAGAGUAAAUUAUAAAAGCAAAGUCUCCUCUAAGAAGCAUUGUGGUUUUGUAGCAUGUGCAGUGCUGUCUAUUCAGUCCACCCUCUCGUGUUCUUGUGAUCUGGCAUCUCCCGGGGAAGGCAGCAUCAGGUCUGUGUUCUCCUUGCAGUUCGGGAAUUCAGCUGUCCGCUUAUUCUGCUCAGUCCUUGCAUUUGAUGACCCGCCACUCACUCUGCACACCUACUUCCCCGGGUCUUCCGCAGUUCGUCUGCUUCCUGGCUUUGUCUCAUUUGAACCCACAGUCUCUGCAAUUGGGCAUCAUCUCCCACAGCUAACCACUCCAGUCUUGCGGACACCAGAGCUGAAGAAGAUCUUGGAAGCUUGUCUUGUGGUCCUCCCAGCUGUUUGCAGUGAAGUGUGUCUUUCAGAGGAUCUGUCUCUGGCUCCUGUUACCCCUCUGAGGCUGGUAACUUUUGUGGUUGGACACCCCGGUCCCAUCUGGCCAGAAUGCAGGUGUCGUUUGUUUGCACGGAUCACCGGGGCGUCAGUCGUAGCACGGAGGAUCGGCUCAACAGACAGAAUGCCAACAGCCCCAGCACAGGCACCCGGAGCAAGUUUAGAGCUGUGGCCAUGGUUGCCCGCAGUCUGGGCCAGCUCUCGGUCCAAAGCGUGCCAUCUUCCAGUGACCAGAGCAUGAAGACUGGCAUGAAAUAUAGAAACCUUGGAAAAUCAGGCCUGAGGGUGUCCUGUCUUGGACUUGGAACAUGGGUGACGUUUGGAGGGCAGAUCACAGACGAGAUGGCAGAGCAGCUGAUGACCCUCGCCUAUGAGAAUGGGAUCAAUCUGUUUGACACGGCUGAGGUCUACGCUGCGGGCAAGGCAGAGGUGGUGCUGGGGAACAUCAUAAAGAAGAAAGGAUGGAGGCGCUCCAGUCUGGUCAUCACUACAAAGAUCUUCUGGGGUGGAAAGGCAGAAACAGAGAGAGGGCUGUCCAGAAAGCAUAUAAUAGAAGGUCUGAAGGCAUCUCUAGAGAGACUACAGUUAGAGUAUGUGGAUGUAGUGUUUGCUAACAGACCGGACCCCAAUACGCCAAUGGAAGAAACGGUGCGCGCAAUGACCCACGUGAUCAAUCAAGGAAUGGCCAUGUAUUGGGGAACGUCUCGGUGGAGUCCUAUGGAGAUCAUGGAGGCAUAUUCUGUAGCAAGACAGUUCAACCAGAUCCCCCCGAUCUGCGAGCAGGCAGAGUACCACAUGUUCCAGAGAGAGAAGGUGGAGGUGCAAUUGCCAGAGCUGUUCCACAAGAUCGGUGUUGGUGCAAUGACAUGGUCCCCGCUGGCAUGUGGGAUCAUCUCAGGGAAAUAUGACAGUGGGGUGCCUCCCUAUUCACGGGCGUCCCUUAAGGGCUACCAGUGGUUGAAGGACAAGAUCCUGAGUGAGGAGGGCCGGCGCCAGCAGGCGAAGCUGAAAGAGCUGCAGGCAAUCGCAGAGCGGCUGGGCUGCACUCUGCCGCAGCUCGCCAUCGCAUGGUGCCUAAGGAACGAAGGAGUGAGCUCUGUACUUUUGGGCGCAUCCAAUACGGACCAGCUGAUGGAGAACAUUGGAGCAAUACAGGUUCUGCCGAAGCUGUCAUCGUCCAUCGUGCACGAGGUGGACAGCAUCCUGGGAAACAAGCCCUACAGUAAAAAGGACUAUCGAUCCUAACUAGCCGGGGCGCUCGCUCUGCGCAGCACCCUGCCUGUUCCCUCUCUUUGCUUGAGCUUUUACUGAAUGACAGAUCGGCACACGAGACCCGCGUAGCCUCGGCCCUUGGGGGGGAAGUCGUUUAGAGCCGCCGCCGCCGCCGGACGAGUCCCAACCACCGAGGGGCUCUGAGGAGGGUCCAAGCAUGGGAGCUCAUAGAUACAUCUUUCCAAUUCAGCUGAAAAUGUAUUUUGAAUCAUAGAAGAGAAAUACAAAAAAAAAAAAAAAGGCACACGCUUGCUUAGCAGUCAAAAUAUUCCUUUUUUAUUUUUUCCUUUCUUAAAAUAAUAUUGUAUGCAUAAAAAGGUACAUAGGUCAAUAGCGAUACAGUACAUAAAGAGUACAUACAGUUUGUUGCACUUGUACUAUAGGCACUCCUCCGUGUUUGUUUGGUUCCGAGAGAAAUGCACUUUCCUCACAGUCGUGGUAUUGUCACGAACGGUCAUUCUGGUGUUUGUCCGAGCGUCAGGUAAGGCCUGCUCCUGGCUGGACAAGUGGUCAGGAACACGUUACGCCUGUCGAGGGUGCGUUUCAUACGAUCCCUUCGUCCAAAUGAAAUGACAAUAAGGAGACCAAACCCGGGCGUCCCGAGUGACGGCCGCUUUCUCUCGGUCCCGGUACCUCACGUAUCCGCCCUACCGCUGGUGCCGUUUCGGGAAGUCGCCAAGCCAGGUGGAGGCCUUAACCUCAGUCCGGUGUAACGUUACUUCAUCUGACAUACCUGAAGCAGGUUCUGCUGUACUUUUUGAGAUGCUCUCCAUUUCCUGUGCGUGCGUGUGCGUGUG